UAUUACUUCCUUUAGUAACCAUAAUCAACGGCCUACAAUCCAUUAGCAUUAAAGUCGACAAUCUAACGGGCCUACAGCUUCCGACCACGCUAAGGAGCGUCACACCAGAUUAAUCCUAUCACUACUUGCGGCCCUAUCUCUCGAGCCAAUAAAAGGGCAACAAAAAUAUCCGCAGCUCUUCUUCAACCACAAAGACAAUUCUCUCGUCCUUCGUCUUCUUCGCUCAUUGAGUUUCGCUUUGCCAUCGCUUCCUCUCGAGGUCAAAAUGGUUGAACAAACUCAGAACCCGACGAUUCUCCAGAAGGCGUCUGGCCAGCUCAUGCGUACGGGUGUUGUUUCUCAUGACAUUCACGGUUACACUUCCUCUUUCCAGAGGCGUGCAACGUACGGAAACUACUCCAACGCUGCGUUCCAGUACCCUCUCGCCGCUACUUCCCGGAUUGUGGCAACUACCACCACCUCCCCCGUGUUUGUCCAAGCUCCAAGUGAGAAAGGAUUCUCUAGCUUUGCUAUUGAUUUCCUCAUGGGUGGUGUUUCUGCUGCCGUCUCCAAGACCGCUGCUGCUCCUAUUGAGCGUGUCAAGCUUUUGAUUCAGAACCAGGAUGAGAUGCUUAAGGCUGGCAGGCUCUCUGAGCCUUACAAGGGUAUUGGUGACUGUUUCGGCAGGACCAUUAAGGAUGAGGGUUUUGGUUCUUUGUGGAGGGGAAACACUGCUAAUGUUAUCCGUUACUUCCCCACUCAGGCGUUGAACUUUGCGUUCAAAGAUUACUUCAAGAGGCUUUUCAACUUCAAGAAGGACAGGGAUGGUUACUGGAAGUGGUUUGCUGGGAACUUGGGAUCUGGAGGUGCAGCUGGUGCCUCUUCCCUUCUCUUCGUGUACUCUCUUGACUACGCACGUACCCGUCUCGCCAAUGACUCCAAGGCUGCCAAGAAGGGAGGUGAAAGGCAGUUCAAUGGUCUUGUCGAUGUCUACAAGAAGACCCUCAAGUCUGAUGGUAUUGCUGGACUCUACCGUGGAUUCAACAUCUCCUGUGUUGGUAUCAUUGUCUACCGUGGUCUCUACUUUGGUCUGUACGACUCUUUGAAGCCUCUUCUCCCUGCUGACCUCCAGGACAGCUUCUUCGCUAGUUUUGCCCUUGGAUGGCUCAUCACCAACGGUGCUGGUCUUGCAUCCUACCCCAUCGACACAGUCCGUAGAAGAAUGAUGAUGACAUCCGGUGAAGCCGUCAAGUACAAGAGUUCGAUGGAUGCCUUCCAGCAGAUUCUCAAGAAGGAAGGACCCAAGUCACUCUUCAAGGGUGCUGGUGCCAACAUCCUUCGUGCCAUUGCAGGUGCUGGUGUGCUCUCUGGAUACGACAAGCUGCAGUUACUUCUUCUCGGAAAGAAGUACGGAUCUGGAUCCGGCUAAGUGUGCUAGCCACCAGUCGCCAUCACCAUAAAGCUGCGGCUUUAUUUUUUUUUCUCGAUUUUUAUUUGCAGUUUCAAACUUUUUUUUAAAAAGGAUCAAGAUGUUGAUGAAAUCUUUUACCAUAAAACUUAGAGAUGAGCAUGGGAAAGCUUAUGGAAUAAAUUUUUGUAUUGGAGUUCGACUCCUUUGAACCAAUUUUAUGAUUACCAAUUUUUGUUA